AUGGCGUGGCGACCGGGAUUGUCGGUUUUGGCUGUGUUGUUGAAGAGUGAGGUCUUUGCUGCAUCUCUCGUGAAUUCGACCUCGUCGUUUUCGAACACGACAUCGUCGGUCGCUACCUCAUCGAACUCGACUAGCUCUACUUCGCACGGAGUUGGAGCUUUCAUAUUACAAGGACUUGGAAGCUCACAGACGAGUACGACCUCUGAGAGUUCUUCGAGCGUGCAGUCUUCGGAGAGCACAUCUUCGUCUUCAUUGUCGAGCAGCGUAUCUUCUACUUCAUCCGCGAGCAGAGUUUCCUCCUCUCCAUCAUCAGACGGCACCUCCUUAACUUCAUCAUUGCACGGCGCCAACACAUCAGCAACGGCACACCAUGCUUCUGGGACGAUCCACAACCUCGCACAAAUCACGCCGCCUCCCAAUGCAACUACUUCCGCUGGCAAUGGGACGGGGGUGUUGGUCACUCAGUAUGCUCCCUUCUCAUACCUAAACGGCUCCCUCACGUUCGAGCCAGUGGUCUGGACCGGCAACGACCCAAACCUGGCCAGAGCUGAAUCGUGCUGGUCUGCCAUCACAAGCCAGCAACUCGAAUCGUCCUCAUUCUACGACGCCUCGGUCGCCAAUCGUACUUGGCCUAUCACGGAAUCCUCGACCGUCUACAAUGGAACGUACACGUAUACCACUGUCAUCUACCCUACGGACGCCAGCACCUACAGGCUCUGUGAUGGCUCGCCUCGUGCCGACAUCAAGCCCGCGACCCAAGCUCUUACCACCGUAUCCUCUGGGUAUCCAUCGACCUUUCUCUUCAACGUGACAGCCACACCAACGACGAGCUUGUCGCCGCCUUGUGGCACCCCCAACACUGGCGAACUCUGCUACGAUUGGUUCAGAUAUGGCAACCUCACUGGGGAUUAUAACGGCCACGAGUCAAACGACGCCCGGCUACUCCACCACGAAUGCGGGUAUCCCUCUCAUUUCGCUCCGAACUCUUUCAACGCCACCAGCUGGCCUUGCUUGAUUGCUGGUGGACCGGUCCAAUUGUACUACUUUCCUGUCGACACUGGCAACCAGAGCUCCUGCAGCAACCGAACAGCCAUCUCAUCGGGUUCGCCAACGACACCUGCUCCAACCGUUGUCACCGAUGGCCUCACACUGACCAGCGGCUUCGUUUACGUGUCAUUCCAGACACUCUAUGCGCAAUACGACGGCUUCUCAUACGGCCCCGGCACAGGCUACAAAGACCUGAUCAUGACCCUAGCCUCAUCUCAAGUCAGCACCAACUGUGGUAAUGGGGACGUCAGAUCCGCCACCGCCGGGACCCAAAUCAACUUUGCAGACUUCAACUACCCGAUUCCGGCCAGUGCGUACAGCUGCGCUCACCCCUGCGAAGCGUCGUGCGUAGACGCUACAUGCACACCACAGGCGUGCUCGACGAUUUGGGAUAACUUCAAUCCGGUCAUGGCGAUCCCCACGCCGGUUUUGGACUUGCAGGAGGCGUGGAAGACGUGCAGUUUUGCGGAUGAGAAUGGAGUCAACUGGCUAUUCGACCCUCCAAUCGCCCUCACGGCUGCAGCCAACGAAGUCAAGCCCUCACUACCAGGAGGAGGCGGCAGCUCACCUGCCAGUCCUACCCCAGCACCAGGUCAAGGCCAGUCGUCCCAGCCUGCUGAAUCCCAGCCAUCAGCAGGUGAAGUAACCGUCCCCUCGCCUAAACCAACGCCUACGAGUCCAGCAGCUCAGCAGACUAGUCGCCCUGCUGCUCCUGAAUCUGACAAUCUGCCAUCUACGAACGGCAAUCAGCAGCCGUCGCCGAGCAAAAACGAUAACCCUCCUCAAUCGAACAAUGCGGGUGGCUCGCCUGCUCCGUCACCAUCGAAUGGCGGCAAUGGGCAGAGUCCAAGCAAUCAGAACUCACCCACGAAUCCCAACUCGCCUGGCUCUCAAAAUACUCCCGCGCAGAGCUCCCCUGCGCCUCAGAAUAGUCCAAGCAACCAGAACUCGCCAGCUCCUCAGAACAGCCAAGGCUCUCAGGAAUCACCAGCGCCGCAAAACAGUCCUGGAGCCCAGAAUAGUCCCAGCAACCAGAACCCGCCUCAAGAUACCCCAAGCACGAACAACCAAGGCUCUCCAUCCAACCAGCAGAGCAAUCCGAACGGCCAGAACAGCCCAUCCAACCAGCAAAACAGCCCAGCUGGCUCCAACAACAACAACAACCAACCCGCCCCAUCCAUAGCCCAAGUCACCGCAGGCAGUAACACAAUCCAAGCAACCCAACUCCCCGGCAACAGCGUCGUCGUAGCAGGAACAACGCUCGCCCCCGGCGAAGCAGCCACAAUCUCAGGGGUAGCCGUGAGCGCCGACCCGUCAGGGGCGGGUGUGGUUGUAGGUUCGCAGACUGCUGCGUUUGCGCCGGCGGCUGCGCAGAAUAACAACAAUGAGGGUGUGUUUGCGGCUGGGGAUAUGACCAUCACAGCUGCCAACGUUCCUGGAGCCACGGGUGCAGUUGUUGUUGCGGGGAAGACGCUUUCCCAGGGCGGGAGUGCGGCUGUGGUGAAUGGGCAGAUGAUCUCUCAAGGCUCCGCGGGUCCUGUCGUUAUCGAUGGCGGCAACACGCAAGCGCUGAACCGCGUAGGCGGCGAGGGCUCAAACGUCUUCGCCGCAGGGAGUGUCACAGUCACAGCCUCGCCGGGCGUUUCAAACGCCAUGGUCAUCGACGGAACGACUCUCUCCCCCGGCGGUUCCGCAGCCGUGAUCAACGGCCAGACGAUCAGCCAAGGCUCUAGCGGCCUCGUCGCCUUCAAUGGCGAUACCACGCAAACCCUCAAUGCCAUCUCCAACCCCAACCCAAGCGUCUUCAGAGCAGGCAGCCUCACCCUCACAGCCUCCCCCGCAACAGGCACCGACAACGCCAUGGUCGUCGACGGAACGACUCUCUCCCCCGGCGGUUCCGCAGCCGUGAUCAACGGCCAGACGAUCAGCGCCGACAUAUCAGGCGGUCUUGUCGCGAUCGGUGCUUCGGGGACCUCAACCCUCUCCCCAGCAACGAGUGCAGGAGACGGCGACGCGCAGACUCUAGCGUUCGGGAGUUUGACCAUCACGGCUAGUGCUGUUCCAGGGCAAUCUGGUGCGUUCGUCGUGGAUGGGACGACGCUGUCGCCUGGUGGGAGUGGAGUUGCGGUUGGCGAUGGGAUGGCGGUUAGUGAUGCGUCUGGGACGUUGGUGGGGGUUGGGAGGAGCACUACUGCUGCGUUGUCGACUGUGGUUGGGUCUUCUUCUUCUUCUUCGAGGACUACGGCGGCGACGACGGGAGGCAGUUCGAGUGGUUCGUCUUCAGGAUCUGCUGCUUCUUCGACUGCGACGUCUGCUGCUACUGCUGCUGGGAAGGUGGUGGGGCAUGGUCGGAGUCUGGGGGCUGUUGUUUUGGGUUGCAUUUGCGUUUGCAUGAUGAUGAUAUAG